AUGCAUUUUGAGAGCUCGUUAUUCACACGCCUCUCGGACUUGGAGGCGGCCGUCCAGGCUCACGACUUUUGCUCCUUACACCGACCUGGCACCCCCUUCACGACCUCUUUUUCUGAAUCCCACUCGUCCUCUUCGGCUCGCGGUCAAGUGGCCCUCCUGCGUAUCAGUGCCGAAACCACUCGUGCGGUGGCGCUGUCUGCUGCCCGUUGGCUAGGCGCCUUUUCAGAAACGCACCCCUGCACUCACAUACCCUCUAAGGGUGAAAAUCUAACUGCAGACAGUGAACAAAGAGGAGAGGCGGCUGACAAAAGUGGUACAUGCGUACCCGGGUGCUUAGCCCUAAGCCGAGCCUCAGAUGACACCGAAUCUAUUUGGGUUAGCCCCGAGGCAGCGGAUGCAGGCCUUGCUACCACUCUGGCUCCUCUCGCAAGAACUCAUGUAACCAUGACUAUGUGA